AUGUCUUUGCAAACUGCUCAAAGUACGGGGGAGACCAGAAGAUGCAAUAUGGAGUCGCCUUAUACUGAACAAGUAAGAUAUUUAUCAUCUUUUAUGCUGACUAUAAUUAUUUACAUCUAUUAAAUGUUUCUUUUUAGGCUCAAAAUGCCUUUUAUCCAAAGGGAAAGGUUCUUACUCCAGAACAAAAGCAAUUCUACGCUGAUAAUGGGUUCCUGAUCAUCAAGAACUGCCUAAGUCGAUCUGAACUUGACAAGUAUCGUAGACAUUUUCAAAAUGUCUGUCAAGACCCGAAGAUCCUUCCAAUCGAAACAUUGCUUAUGAACGAUGUUUGUACGGCCAAGAAAACGAGAGAGCGCAAUGAAAAUACAAUCCUGAGACUUCAGGAUUUCAACAAUGACCCAGUUUUCUUCCAGUAUUGCCAGCAUCCAGUGGUGAGAAUUUUAACUUGAGUUAAUGGCCUUUCAGGUUCGAUUUGUAAUUUCUUUUUUCCAGAUCCUCGAUAUUGUCCAAGACCUCAUCGGAAAAGGUGAAAAAUCGAAUUUAAUGGCAAUGCACACCAUGCUGAUCAAUAAACCUCCAGAUGUCGAGAAGACCUUGUCCUCCAGACAUGCUCCACAUCAAGAUGAAUACUUUUUCCCAUUUGGGUAAGCGUUUAACUCAACUUUUGAAGGCUUAUUGUUAAUGAUGAGACUUUUGAUAUAUCUUUCCAGCCCCUCCGAUUACAUAACUUGCGCCUGGACAGCCAUUGACCGUUGCACCAAAGAGAACGGGACUCUCUUUGUCUACCCGGGUACCCACAAACUUCACAAUCAGCCCCAUGGAUAUCCAAAUUGGGAGAAUGGAGUGAACAAAGUCUUCCAGCAAAUUCUAACUGUUGAUUUGGACAAGCUCCCCUCGAUUGAUGUGGAGGUGGAACCCGGGGAUACUGUAUUCUUCCAUCCCAAUCUGAUUCAUGGGGCUGGUCCCAAUCUCUCAGAUGGAUUCAGGAAGACCAUCUCCUGUCAUUAUGCGAAUGCUGAUGAAUGCAGAUAUAUUGAUGUCUCGGGAACUUAUCGAACGGCAGUUGCAGAUGAAGUUGUAGAGAUGUUUAAUGGAAGGUACAAGAAGAUUGGGAUCCCAUUGGCGAGGGAUUGGGCUGUAAGUUGAAUACUACAUCAUUUUUUUCUUGCAGGCAGCUGUGUUUUCAAAAUAUUUUUUUUUCGAGCGAAGUUCUAUGUAAAUAUAUAACUUUCAAAAAUUUUCAGCACUUGUGGAGAAUGAGAGCCCGACCAGUCAACGCGAGACGAGCCCAUCUUUAG